CUAAUUAGCCAACCACAAUUCAAAUCUCAAAAAUCCUCCUUCAUCAUCCUAGUAAUUAUAGCCAUGUUCAUCACCCUCCUAUAUUACUAUUCCUAGUCUCUCACACACCCUCUCUUCCAUACAUGGCCAAACCCAAAGGCUCUUCAAAACCCAAAACCUCUAUUUUUCUUUGUUGCUUUGGGUCUUCCCAUGCCAUGGAAUCAUCACCCACAAAAGGGUCUUAUGAUCCUAUUAUCUCAGAGAUGAAGAAGAAGAAGAAGAAGAAGAAAAGUACUUCUACUAGUUGGUUUUCGUGGCGAAGGAUUCGAUUACUCAAAAAGAGCUCAGCUUACCAAACGGUGCCGCUUGAAGCCUCAACCUCUGUUCAUAACCAUGUUCCUUAUUCCAAGUCCAAGUCAACCUUUCACCAUAAACCUCAAGCUCCGACCACCAAUCCCUCGCUGCCACAGCUAGCUCCAGUGCUCCCCGGCACACCCUACUAUACCCCCACACAAACAAGGCAUGGUGCGAGCAAGGUAGAGGACACGCGUCAACAGAGUAGAGCCUCUCCAGCAUCGGCAAAACGGCAGGCGCGGCGGCUGUCGUCGUCAAUGCAAGCCCAAACGACACCGAAGAAGGCCCAAAACGCGUACGACCCUGUCGUUGGGAUGUCCGUGCUAGUGGUCACUUUGGUAAUUAUGCUAUUUUGGGGUCGUUUAUGCGCAAUCCUCUGCACUUCGGCGUGGUUAUAUUGCACUCCCCGUUUCAGGAAGAGUGGUGGUUAUGUAAACGACGAUGAGGAUCUUCAAACGACGAAAUCGAAGGAGGUGGACUUGGAUUCGGAGGAGUACAAGAAAAAAGUGAUCAUGGAGGGCCUUCUUGGGAGAAAUCAUAGAACUAUGAAUUGAACAACAUUCUUGCAAUUAGGUAGGUAGCUAAUGGAUAUGGGGGUUGUUGAUCUUGUCAGCUUGCCAUUUUGUUGUCUAAAUAUAUAUUAAAAAUGAAUAACAAAGAAUUGUAAAUUCACGAAAUUUUGUUACACAAAAAAAAAAGGAUGUAAAUUUUUCCUUUUUGUUUUGAAUGAUGAUUUUGAUUAAACUUUUAAUUUGUUGAGUGUAGCAACUAGUAACUCAACCAUUUAAACCAGAUGGUCAAAAUCAGAUGAAGAGGCCAGAAUCAAGUCUGUGGGUAUUUAUGGAUGGAGUAGUUUUUUUAUGACUUAGUUGUAAAUUUUACUCCAAA